AUGGAUGACCAGAGAAAUAGAGACGCAGCGCCAGAUCUGGAUAUCCUAGGAGAUCAAGUUACGCUUCAUCCAAGUGGCUAUGUGGUACCACCCGAACGACCUGGCGAUGGAGAUAAAGAAAGGAAUCUCGUCGCAAACAUGGCGAGAUUCAGAAGUCAUCCCUUAGAAUUCCUCCGCGAAGUCUCUCUGCACGUAUCUGGCACCGGCUGGCGAGCCUACGACCACUUCAUCGGCCAACCCAUCUUCUACCCCGGAUUCUCCGAGAACAUGACCGCAGCCGUGCUCUCCACCCCCAUCCUCCAAAAGCGUAUCACGGAGCUAGCGUUGAAGCGGAUUGAGAUUGAGGAGAAGGAGGGGCUGCUAAAUAAGAAUGAUCCGGGGUAUGAAGGGAAGCGGAAUACGAGGAAGGGGGUGCUGGAACAUAAUUUGCAGGAGUUGGCGGAGAAGAUGACGGGGGAUAUGAUUUGUAAGAUGGAGAGUCGGCCGUUCAUUAGGGGGGCGUAUUAUAUGUGUACGCAGUUGCUUACGAGGGCUUAUCAUCAGGAGAUAGGUAUUCAUGUUUCCAGCGAAGAGGUUCUGAGGAUACGAAGUGUGGCUGAGGAAGCGGAGAGGAAGAAGCAGAGCAUUAUCUUCUUGCCGUGCCAUCGGUCACAUGUUGAUUACGUUUCGCUGCAAAUUAUUUGUUAUCGCUUGGGAUUGGCUUUGCCUACGGUUGUGGCGGGGGAUAAUCUGAAUUUCCCGGUUGUGGGGAGCUUUUUGCAACAUGCUGGUGCCAUGUGGAUUCGAAGAAGUUUCGGUAACGAUGUGCUUUAUACGACGCUGGUACAAUCGUACAUAGAUACGUUGCUACAAGGUGGCUUUAACUUUGAAUGUUUUAUCGAGGGUGGACGUUCGAGAACGGGGAAACUAUUACCGCCCAAAUUCGGGAUUCUAAGUUUUAUUCUGGACAGUAUUUUAUCUGGACGAGUCGAAGAUGCGAUAAUAUGUCCUGUCAGCACGCAGUAUGACAAAGUCAUUGAGACGGAAGGUUAUGUUACGGAGUUACUCGGAAUGCCUAAGAAGAAGGAGAAUUUAGCAGACUUCCUGUCCGCGUCGUCAGUGCUUUCUUUGAAGCUAGGAAGAGUCGAUGUCAGGUUUCAUGAACCUUGGAGUUUGAGGGGAUUCAUCCAGGAACAGCAAUCUAGGACGACUGGCAUUCCCAAAGAACUUGAUAUGAAGAGUAUCAAUGACGUCGCUACAAGACAAAAGCUACUACGAACCAUGGGUUACAAAGUCCUCUCAGACAUCAACGCAGUAUCAGUAGUCAUGCCCACAGCUCUCAUAGGCACAGUUCUCCUAACUCUACGGGGUAGAGGUGUAGGAAAAGCAGAACUGAUCCGGCGAGUCGAAUGGCUCUGCGCACGAGUGAAAUCCAAAGGCGGACGAGUAGCACAUUUCGGAAACGCCCCAACAUCCGUAGUAAUCGAACGAGGACUCGAAGUCCUAGGCAAAGAUCUCGUCGGAACAGUCGAAGGCCUUCCCGAACCAACAUUCUUCGCAGUCGAUAGAUUUCAACUCUCCUUCUACCGAAACAUGACCAUCCACCUCUUCAUAACCGAAGCCCUCGUCAGCGCCGCCAUGUACUCCAAGGUCAAACGCGGCGGCGGCCCUGCAAAUCAACGUAUCACCUACACCGAGCUCCGCGACCAAGUCCUCUUCCUCUCUCAGCUCUUCCGCGGGGAAUUUAUCUACCCUACAGAAGGUUUAGCUACGAAUCUAGAUAAUACGCUCCACGCCUUCGAAAAAGACAAGAUCGUCGACCUCCACCGCGACGAAAACGGUAACAUCACAGCCAUAGACCUCAGCAACGAAGAACGCGCCGCCGGCCGCGAGAACUUUGAUUUCUACUGUUUCCUAAUCUGGCCGUUCAUCGAGUCUUUCUGGCUCGGCGCCGUAUCACUCAUGGGUUUCACUCCACCACUAAACUACACAGGUGAUGGUUGGCUCGACGCAAAGAAAUGCCAGGACGCUUCGCAACUCCUCGGAAAAACACUCUACCACCAAGGCGACCUCUCCUACUUUGAAGCCGUCAACAAGGAGACCCUAAAAAACGCCUGGACGCGCUUCGAAGAAGAAUCGCUCCUCCUCGUCUCAAAAUCCCGCGUCACCACCUCAAACGCCAAACCUCUCCCGCUCGCACAGCUCGCGCCGGAAUGGAUGCCCAAGCGUGAUCCGGUCAUUGGUAUUGUGCCCGAGGGUAGAUUGUGGGAUUUCACGGAAAAAAUUGCGCUGAGUAGACGAGAGGGGAAGAAUCGGAGGGAUGGCGCGACGGUGAGUAGUAGGGUGUUGCGGUUAACGGAUAUGCUGGGGCAGAGGUUGUUUGUGGAGGGUGGGCAGGAGGUGGGCGAGGAGCGUGAGGGGGGGAGCAGGAGGAGACAGAGGAAGGUUGCUUUAGGGGCGAGGGCGCAUUUAUGA